ACAAUAGUGUAAAAGUGUCCGCCAUGUUUUGUGUUUUGCUUAGGGCUCAGAGGGACGUCACGCACUCAAGAAGGCUCAACCAAUCACCCUACCCUACAUCGCGUGCUUUUACACACCAGGAACAGGAAGUGAUGGACUGUUAUGAAGAGUGAGUUUUGGAAUACAGUCACGGUUCGGAAGGUGCUUCUUCAAACAUGUAUAUCUUCCAGGUGGUUGCGUUAUUGAUAGCGUUGCUAUAUUAUGGCAAUGCUCAAACGUCUACUGUCGCUGUGAACCACACCAUCCUGGGUUCAGAGCUGAGCGCAGACGGAUUGAAGCAGCUCGCUGCGAUAGUGGCGCCGCAGUCGCCCGUGUUUCACCCUAGCCGCGGUUCCUAUUUUUCUCUCAAUCUGUUGUCGGCGUUUCCAGAAGAUCUGGAGGUCAGCGAUUACUGCGUCGAGCUGCUGGCUAUCUUUGGGCAGCGGUAUUCAACAUAUGUAAAUUGUUUGGUGUCCGCCGCGCGUCCUGUCAAAGUGUGCCAAAAUUGUUAUGGUUCCUACGACAACCUUAUGGACAUUUACACAAACAUAUCAUCAGACCAGAUGGGCCCAGGGAAUGUGAGCUGCAGAGACAGCCUCCUACGUUCUGAUAGGCUGAUGUUGGUGUUCCUGCUCUACAACAACCUGGAGGACAUCUGGACUGGUUCAGAAUGUAACAGUUGUGUAAGCCUGGGACUCCACAGCCUGACCAAUGACACCCUUUACUUCAUGGCCACUCUCAACCAGUCCCUCAGAUGUUUUGAGAAGUUCCAACAGGGGAACCACUCAGCGCUAUGUAAGGAGUGCAAGGCCACAUACAGAGGACUGAAUGAGCUGUACAGCCGCAUGGAGAAGAAUCGCACACUCUGCAUAGACAUCGAGGACUCUAUGAAUAUGACCCGCAGACUGUGGAGCAAGAAUUUCAAUUGUUCCUUCCCCCGGGCAGAGAAUGUUCCUGUCAUCGCCGUGUCCAGCUUCAUGCUCUUUCUGCCCAUCAUCUUCUACUUGAGCAGUUUCCUUCACUCGGAACAAAAGAAACGCAAGCUCAUACACCCCAAACGAGCCAAGUCCAACACCAGCCUCGUGAACAUCCAGGACAGGUUAAGCUGAGGAGAGAGAAGGAUAAGGAAGAAAGCAUUAUGAUGAAGAAAUGGAAGAGGAUGAGGAGGAAUGUUCCUUUGGUUUGUCCAAAACUUCUCCUGGAUGCAAAUGUCAUUUCCUCUGUGACUGUGGUUUCAACCAGUUCUGUAAUGACAGAGAAGUCAAAAAGAGCUCCCCCUGUGGGCGAGAAGGAUGCCAAUCAUCAGUAUUUUUUUCCCUAAGAUAUUAUAGCAAACGGAAACAACGUCCCGCUUUGAACUUCCUACCCCCACCCCACCCAUUGUUUCUACAACAAAAUUCACACAAUAGAAAUGCACCAUGACCUGCUGCUGAUUUAUAAGCAAAUUAUAUUUGUGUCAAGAGAUGAGAAAUGGAUUUUGUCUCUCUACUGUAAUGCCGCUGUGACACAGACUGGCAGACAGACAGAAAGCACUUGAUGUCUCUUAGAUGUGACAUAUACCUACCGUGUAAAAGUGGAUCACAGCUGAGAUGGAGAGAAUCUUUUAAAAUAUAUAUACAGUCGGGUCCAAAAUUAUUGGUCACAUUUGGGAAAGAUGAGCAAAAAAGACUAUCGAAUAAAUAAUACAAAUGUUCUGUAUUACAUGCAAAAAAAAAUAUAAAUGAUAUUCAUUUACUAAUAAAAUUGCUCAGAGAAAAUAAUUGGCACCCCUGUUUUCACUACUCCAUCACCCUUCCCUUACAUGUGAGCAAAGAGCUCUAUUUUCAUGUCAUCCAACAAAUGUAAACGCCUGGAGCUUGCUAAAAGGCAUUUGCACUUGGAUUGGAACUGGUGCUAUGGUCAGAUGACAUGAAAAUCGAGCUCUUUGGCCACUCAUACCAGUGGUAUGUUUUGCAUCAGAAGAAAGAUGCUUAUGCAGAAAAUAAACCCCUCUACUGUAAAAUAUAGUGGUGGAUCUUUGAUAUGGGGCUUCCACUGGUCCUGGGGCCCUGGUUAAGGUCAAUGGUAUCAUGAACUUUACCUAGUACCAGAACAUUUUUGCCAGGAGGCUGAAACUUGGCCACAAAUAGACCUGCUAGCAAGACAAUAGCCCCAAGCACAUAUCAAAAUCCACAAAGAAAUGGUUAAUUGGCCAUAAAAUCGCUCUCUGAACUUGAAAGCCAUUUAAAACCUGUAGUUCGCAUUGAAGAGGGCAAAGACGAAGGAUAUCAAAUCAAAUCAAAUUUAUUUAUAUAGCCCUUCGUACAUCAGCUGAUAUCUCAAAGUGCUGUACAGAAACCCAGCCUAAAACCCCAAACAGCAAGCAAUGCAGGUGUAGAAGCACGGAUCAAGGAUCUGGAAAGACUAUGUAUGAAGGAAUGGUCUGAACAAAUCAAUGUUUCUUGGUCACGUACACAGUUUAGCAAAUGUUAUAGUGGGUGCAGCAAAAUGCUUAUGUUACUAGCUCCUAACCAUGCAGUAAAAUGUCAAAUGGGUGGGUCAAUGACGGAUAAGUAAAAAAAAUAAAAAAGUUAAUGCUUAUUAAAGUUAUUUCUACCUUCA